CCAGCCGAGCCCCGCCGGCAUGGGGGAGAAAGCGGGCACCAGAGUUUUCAAAAAGUCCAGCCCCAACUGCAAACUCACUGUUUACCUGGGAAAGCGUGACUUUGUAGAUCAUCUGGACAGAGUCGACCCUGUUGACGGUGUUGUUCUGGUUGACCCAGAAUAUCUCAAGGAUCGGAAAGUUUUUGUGACGCUGACCUGUGCCUUCCGCUAUGGCCGUGAGGAUCUGGAUGUCCUGGGCCUCUCCUUCCGCAAGGAUCUCUUCCUGGCCUCCUGGCAGGCCUUCCCCCCUGCCGAAAGCACCCCCGAGCCCCUCACCCGCCUGCAGGAGAGACUGCUGCGCAAACUGGGUGCCAACGCCCACCCCUUCAGCUUCAUGAUCCCCCAGAACCUGCCCUGUUCAGUGACGCUGCAGCCGGGUCCUGAGGACACGGGAAAGGCCUGUGGCGUGGACUUUGAGAUUCGGGCAUUUUGUGCCAAAAACCUGGAGGAGAAAAUUCACAAAAGGAACUCCGUCCGCCUGGUUAUCCGGAAAGUCCAGUAUGCCCCUGAGAAGCCUGGGCCACAGCCCAUGGCUGAGACCACCCGCCACUUCCUGAUGUCCGACCGCUCCUUACACCUGGAGGCUUCCCUCGACAAGGAGCUUUAUUAUCACGGUGAGCCAAUCAGCGUCAACGUUCACGUGACCAACAACUCGAGUAAAAGCGUGAAGAAAGUGAAAGUGGCCGUGCGGCAGUACGCAGACAUCUGCCUCUUCAGCACCGCCCAGUACAAGUGUCCAGUAGCCCAGAUUGAGCAGGAAGACCAGGUGGCCCCCAGCUCCACCUUCUGCAAGGUUUACACGCUCACACCGCUGCUGACCAACAACCGGGAAAAGCGAGGCCUGGCACUGGAUGGGAAACUGAAGCACGAGGACACCAACCUAGCCUCCUCCACCAUCGUGACAGAGGGCAUCAACAAGGAAGUCCUGGGCAUCCUGGUCUCCUACAGGGUCAAAGUGAAGCUGGUGGUCUCCCGGGGAGGGGACGUGGCGGUAGAGCUGCCCUUCGUCCUGAUGCACGCGAAGCCACCCGAGCAGCCCUCCCCGAUACAGCCCCCAGCAGAUGUGCCAGAAUCGGACGCGCCAAUUGAUGCCAACCUGAUUGAGUUUGAACCCAACUACGGGCAGGAUGAUGACAUCGUGUUUGAGGACUUCGCCCGGCUGCGCCUGAAGGGCAUGAAAGACGAUGACGUGGACUACUGCUAAGGAGCUUUUGGGGCAGAUCCCACUCCCCGCAAGCAUCCCGUCCGAUGACCACCUCCCCACUUCCCACCCCGGUCCUAUUGCUGUAGUGGAGGUGGGGUUUUCAUGUGACUAAAAUUGGGGACAGGGUCCUCCCGGUUUCUGUCCUGUUUCCCUGCUUCUACCCCGUCCUUUUCCAAGAGGAGCUUGAUGUAUAUAACGAGCCGCCCACCCACCCGCCACCCCCUCCGUCUCGCGCACUGGAGUCAUUUAUUGGGCAUUACUGUCAGAUGGUCCUGUCCUCAAGUACCACUUUGCUGUUGUUUCCCCUUCCUCAAGUUUUCUCUUUUAUAUCUACUAUUUUAACUGUUUUGGAAGACACCGAUAGUAGAAUUGGCCCCCACUUUAAAAAGGGGGGGCACUUAUAUCCAGGAAUGAAAAACGCUUUGGAUGAGCUUUGCUCUGGGGCUCAGGACGGCCUGCUGCUCCAGCCCCAGUUGGGGGAGAGCGACCCUUGGCCAAGCCUCCUGCCCCAGAUGUGAACUUGCACCCGAAGAGGCACACGGCCGAGCAAAGAGCAACUGAAUAAAACCAUGAACUGAAA